AUGGUGCACAAGGAUCCCGAAGGCUACGUCUCCGACUCGGACUCGGCCUCGGCCACCUUCUCGGACGACAACGACUACGGCGACUGGAGGUCGGACGACAGCAACCCAGCAGCACGCACCCUCGCGCUGUUUCCCGAUUUCCAAGGUCAACGAGCUUCGUUCAAGUCGCCGCUGGAAGCGCUGCAGGAUGCCAAGACGAAAGGUUGCGAUCUGGUGCGGAUCGUGAAGGAGUGGCAGUUGGAUACGCUGGAGGUGAUUCGAUUGAUCAAUUAUGUGAGGAGGAAUGGGUUGAGUGUCGAGCAGGUGAAUGGGCUGAAGGGGGACGGUGGGUGGAGGAACGAUGAUGACGAGUUGAAGCCGGUGGAGGGGUACGAGGAUGAUGGGUUGCUGCAGGUGGAUUUUGAUCUGCUAGAGGAGGAUGUUGCGAACAAGGAUUUGUCGAAGGACCAAGUGAGGAUCCGAGAGUUGGAAGAACAGCUGGCGACCGCCAGAUCGGCAUUCGACGAACUUCGUUCCAUCCACGCAUCCACCCUCGGACUCUCCUCCACCGACCUCACCGAAUCUUCGGCCACCCCUCUCAGCGAACAGCAACGAUCGACGCUCGCCUCGGCUUCGCUCAGCACCUCGGCGGCGCGCACGCGUCGUGGAGCCAACGACGCCGAAGACGACAUCCUCUACUUUGACUCGUACUCGACCAACUCGAUCCACCAGACCAUGAUCACCGAUUCCGCACGCACGUUGUCGUACGCAGCAUUCCUUCUGGCUCCGGAGAACGCGCACCUGAUCCGAGGCAAAGUGGUGAUGGACGUGGGCUGCGGGACGGGGAUCCUGUCCAUGUUCGCCGCGCGCGCGGGGGCCAAGCAGGUCAUCGCCAUCGACGCCUCCGCCAUCGUCGAGCGCGCGCAGCAGAACGUGGAAGCCAACGGCUUCGGCCACAUCAUCAAGGUCCACCGCGGAAAACUCGAAGACCUUACCUCCGAACUCACGCCCUACGAGGGGAAGGUGGAUCUGCUGGUGAGCGAGUGGAUGGGCUACUUUUUGCUGUACGAAAACAUGCUCCCCUCCGUGCUCGUCGCGCGGGAUCGAUACCUGUCGCCAAACGGCGUGCUGGCUCCCAACAGGAUGACCAUGCAUCUCGCAGCCUUUGCUAGCCCAGCACUGUUGCAGACGAAACUCAAAUUCUGGGACGAUGUCCAUGGGUUCGAUAUGAAGGCGAUGACGACCGGGUUGUUGGAGGAGGCGUUUGUGGAUGUGCUGGACAAGGACGAGGUGGUGAGUGAUUCGCAGUGUUUUGCGGAUCUGGAUCUGCCCACGUUGCCGGCGAGACAGCCGGAACCGGAAGCGGAUUUCACGCUGACCGUGGAGAAGGAUGUUGCCGAGGUGCAUGGGUUCAUCAGUUGGUUCGAUACCUUCUUCUUUCCUUCCUCGACACUCACCGGAAGCGAAACCCUCGAAUGCCCACCCUUCACCCUCACCGAAAAGGACGUUCCCGGGAUGGAGUUGAAGGGAUCCACCAAGACACAAGAAACGGACGCGGGAAAGGGCAAGAUGAUCUGCUUCUCCACCUCUCCCUUCAGCAAAGAGACUCACUGGCAACAGACGCUCUUCGUCCUGAAAACGCCCAUCGUCGAUGUCAAGAAGGGCGACAAGAUCAAAGGCAGGAUCGUGGUUAGGCAGGAUACCAAGCACAGCAGACAGUUGGAGGCCGAACUGCAUUACCUGCAUGUUGCAGGGGAGACCGAGGCGUCGGCCGAGAAGGGGAAGAAGAAGGUAGAGACGCAGCUGGUGCAGGUUUUCAUGGUUCGUUAA